GUCAACAUUUGUGAUUAUUUCUGUUUACAUUGUACUUAAUUGGGAAUUAAUUCAAUAAUUCAAAGCUAUGAUUAAAUGUUAUGUUUAUAAGCCUGUUUGCUGAAAAUGUCUAUUAAUGUAACUGUGAAUGGAAAUCCAGUUAGUAUCAGUAGGGGCAAGAUGAUGAAUUAUGACCAUUAUACCUCAAAACAGGAAUUCGAUAAGAGAAGAUUAAUGAGACUGGAGCAAGUAAGGCAACAAUCAAAGGAUUUGGCAGAAAAUGUUCGCAACAAAGUGCGUAGGGAAAAAAACAAGCAAAUGGUUCGUAUACAACAAGAAGGUAAAGAGAAGCUCAAAAAUUGGCAAAAUCGAAAAUUAUUAGAAUUGCAAAACCAGUACCAAGAAGCUUUAGAUGAAAUUGGCUUGGCACAUACAGAGGCUCAUAAUGUUGAAAAUGAGGAGGAAAUUUUGAAUCAGAAGAAGGAAGAGGCAGCCCAACUUAUUAAAGAAAGAGGAAGAGUGGCCGCAGGUAAACUGCAGGUGGAAAAAAAUGAGGUUAAUUUUAAAAAAGCCCUACCUAUCCAUCAGAAAAAAAUUGUCAGAGAUAUUGAAAACACAAGGGCAGCAUUGAUUUCUAAUAUAACGAAGUACAAAAAGCCAAUUAGUAAACAUAUACCAGAAGAGAAAACAGUGAAGGUUCCAGAACUUACAGAUUCUGAAUUAGGCAACACCUCUGAUCAGGGUGUUUCAAAUAGUUCGGAAGAAAAUUUAGAAUAUCCUGAAUGCGAGUCUAGCAGCAAAGAUUCCAAGUCUUCAGAUACAGGAAGGGAUUUUUGUUUACCGCGCGAAUCUCACAACACUUCUGAACCAUCACAACAUGGCGAAAAAUUUAAUUAUGUAAAAUCUAUUGAAGAAAGGAGGGACCGGAUUGAUGACUUCAGAAAAAAGUAUGCUCAAGUUCCCUUUGAUACGAGAAUAUCUGAACACAUAAAGCAUCGAGAACGUUUAGCUUCCCAAUUGGACUUUUGUGAUAUAGUGGGGCAGAGCAAUAAUGACAAGCCGCUAAAAACACAUCCUCACGAUUCUCCACAUAUACCACCGAAAGAACAAUUUGAUUUAGAUAAUUACAAAUGUGUGUGUCCAAAGUAUGAAGUAUCAUGUCCAUGCGCUAAAUAUUCGAAAAAUGUGCCCAUUAGAUCUAUUUCUAUCCAAACAGACAAUGAAUUGUUGGGUCAUAAAGAUUCGCAAGAAGCCCGUCAUAUAUCACAAGCUCCCAAGGUGGCAUCUGCAGAAAUACCUUCCAAACCUGGAGUCAAGUUAAAUGAAGCUGCUUCAAGGCAGCCAACUGCAUCAAAAAUGUCUGCAGUAACAGUCCCGAAAGUUUCUCAUUAUGAUUUCCCCAAUCGAUUUCACAGCAACUUACCUUCAACUUCACAAGUAGAAAAAAUUACAGUAGAUAGCAUUGAAGCCUUACCAAAUAUAGUAUCAGAAGACGAAUGGUGUAAUAAAGUGAAGCAACGAGACAAGGAAGCGCAAAUCAGAGGAAAGCGAGCUUUAGAAAAGGAAUUUAUACGAAAAGAUUACGAAGAAAUGAUGAAGAAAUUACCUCUCCUCCAACGAAAAGAACACAUCGCCGAAAUUGGCAAAGACAAGCCAGAAUAUCAUAUGUCGGAAGAACGACUAAUAGAGCAAGAAAAGAAAAAGCAACUUCGAUUGGAAAAUGCUUAUACCAAAGCUCUUCCAAAUUUAAAACCUGCCAUCAUUACAAUUCCAAGUACAAAUCCCAAAAUUCCAUCAAAUCAGCCAUUCGAAAUUUUGGAACCAAAUGAUUCACGUACAUUGAACCUAGGUAAAUGGAAUAAUGGUGAAGCGCGAGCUAAAAUGUUUAGUACGGAGGAAGUUCAUGAAAUUAUCAAAAAUUUUACCGCUCAGAAACAGGAAGAUAGGCACACGAAGCUAAAGCAACUAUUGGAAAGUUUAAAAUUACAAAAAGAGCAACUACUUAACGAAAUCAGAACCUUACCAAAAGAUGAUAGUAUUAACGCAUUAAUAGACGAUUUAAACUCUUUUACUGAAAGCGACGAAAUUUUAAAAUCCAAGCGAAAGAAAAAAGAAAAAUCUCAGCGGAAGAGAAGACAUGAAGAUAGUGACAGCAGUUCUUCUACUGAAAGUCGAGGAGAGCACAAGAUUAGAGAGCAACGAUCAACCAAAGCCAAAAAAUCGCGCCCGAGAGUAUUGAUUUUGCAGAAUACUAGCACCCAGACGACGCCAAAAGCUUCGAAAGAAAAAGUUGAAUCCAAAAGGGCUGAUGAGGAAGUUUUGCAACAUGCUCCAAUUGUUUGCAAGGAGUUGCAUACACCUUGCGAUUGUAAUAAAGAAAAUAUACGUUCAUCAGAGGAACUUUGUCAAAUCCUUAUUAAACUUCAUAAUGACGAAAACCCGCAAGUUGAAGUUGUCUCAGGAGAAAAAAAGGAUAUUAAUGUAGAUUCAGUUGCAGGAAGGACUAGAAAAAGUAGUCCUAAGAAAGUGGUUACCAAAUCAGUCUCCACUGAAACAGAAACGUUUAAAAGACCAUCGCCUAAAGACUUGAUAAAAAAGGUGUCCAAAUCACAAGUGUUAAAAGAUGUCAAACCCAGGUCUGAAUCUUGGAAGGAACAAUUAAGCAAAAACUCAAUAUCAACGUCGAGUACUUCUUAUUUGAGCCCACCAGACUUUUCUAAGCCUAAGGCAACAGGAAGUACAGAUUUAAAUAAAGAUUCCUUUUAUUAUUUACGGAGAAAGCCACAACAGACAAAUAUGUCCAUCAAGCCAACUUACUCAUCAUCGCGUGAUCAAACAAGUCAGCCUGACUUAAUCAUGUAUGUGCGGAAACUGCUUAGUAUGUCUAAAUUGAGCGUGGACGAAUUGAACAUUUCUUCGAGCGAUGUUCAAACACCCAGUCAAAGUGUGAUUGAGAUUGAAUCAAAUAAUCCGCUGGCUCGACUGCAUGAUAUCAUUAGAUAUAUCAAUCUCAAAUCUGAAGGUAUAGCAAAGGAAAUAAAUUAUUUCAAUGAUGAGAGUGGUAUACCACCAAAUUCUCUAACGUCGAAUGAAGAUAACAAAACGCGUGAAACAGUGGAAAACAUUCACAUUCCAGAAAAAGAUACAAACGGUAGUUCCAGAAAAUCCAAGGAUUCAUUAUUGUGUCAGUAUGCUGAUGUCACAGACAGUUGUAGUAAACGAAUCGCUAAUCUUGCUGCUAUGAUCGAAAAAAUACGUAAUGAACGAAUAAGUAUGCACCAGAGUCCACAAGCAGUGUUACCAGAAACAGAAAAAGUUGCUACUUCUAAAAGUGAAAGAGAUUAUUCGACAGCAUACUUGGAGCUGCCCCAUUCUGGUGAAAGAUCUAAAGAGGGGAGCAGUAGAAGCUCUUCGGUUAGUAUGGAUGAUGAAGAGUUUAAAAGAAGAAUACUUGAAGUUGAUAUCAGCCUGGCAGAAAAAUUAAAAACGUUUCAGAAGAUGAAGUCUGAAUCCCGGGAGUAUGGCAAAAUAGUUGGACGCGAUGAAUCUGCCUCUAAAACUACUGACGUAUCUGAUUCUACUGAUCGAGAAUUCCUAGAACGUCUUAGACGUCUUAUAGAAGAAAAUGAUCAAAAGGUUAUACCAGAACCUGAAUCAUCCAAUUCUAUUGAAGACAAGCAGCAAUCAUUUGUUCCCUUUUUGCUGGACAUACCAAAACUGCCUAUAUUACAACCUCAGGUUGAUGUUGCUUCAAACGAAACCACAAGCAACCGUAGACAUCCACCUCCUUCAAAAGGUCUUACUUCUGCCAAAAGAUUUAAUGGGAAUAUUUCGUUGGUUCCUCAUGAAUUAUCAACUAUAGCAGAAGCUGAUAGUCAACUCUCAACUAAGGUGCCAAGUCCGAAAGUGAGCCCUAGCGCAUCCAAAACGGAAAACAUUGUUGAGGAUCAGGCUAGAUAUGAGAAGUCGCGUAUAUCUCUGGUAUCUCCUAAUAUUAUGCCUUCUGAUGACUUUAAUGCCCUUCAUAAAAAAGAUGAGUCUGAAAGUGCCAAAUCAACAACUAAAGUUAUAGGAUUGAAUAUUCCUAACGAAAUUGAGGUGAAUGUUCAAUCCGAUGCCAUGAAACAAAAUAAAAGCAUUGAAGGGAGUAACUCUAAAUGUGAUUCUGGUCCGUCCUUGGUUUGCUUUGAUAAAACAUGCAGUUCUUCCGCUAGCAGAAUUUCUUCUAGUUCCAGUGAAGAUCUAAAAAGUUUGGAAGAUAUGUUAAGAAGUAUCAAUAUGGAAUGGGCAAUACCGGUUUUACAUAAAACUCAGGAAGCUUUAGCGCUUAGCUCGAGUUCCAGUUCUAUAGAGAUGAGUUCAAGAAGAAGGAAAUCUAGAGCUUCUGGUGAAAGUGAAGUUAGUUUAAAAGACUUUUUGCAUAAACAAAUAAUUAGUAAAAUAUCUUCAAGCAGUUUAAAAUCUGAUGCAAGCCCUAGCCCUUCAAGCUUUUUAAAGGAUGUCUCAGAUAUAUCAGCAAUUCAACGUAGCCUGAGCGUAGAUAGCGCUAAACAGAAAACUUCUACGCCAUUAGGAAGUAAAAAGUCCAAAGAAUUGCAGAAUAUGCAAGUGACUGGAAGACAUAUGAAAGCAACAGGGAUUCAAGGUGGUAGCUCAUCUAACGAAUCAGAGAAACAAGACUUUAAAAGUUUAACUGAUGACCCGUCCUCAACAUUAGUAAGCAAUUUAUAAUAUUUUAUUAUCUUGACUG